CGUCGUCCUCUCUGUCCUCUUUGACAGGGGAGGCGAAUUCAUUCAGUCUCAAUUUUCUGUAUCUCAAUCAGCCAAUCCAUUCGAUUCGCCACAUGGAGGUGGACGCCAACAUCGACCCGUUCGAUGAUCCGUCGGCCGGGUCCGAUCGCCGGCAGUACUGCUGCUGCUUCCCCUUCUCGAGCCCCUGGGAGCGGAUCCAGGCGCCGGCGCCCGCCGAGGGAGGGGACGAGCGUCGCCGGUGGUGGAGCGGCGCGGGGUUGAGGGCGCUGAUGAUGAAGGGGAGGGAGUGGUCGGAGCUGGUGGCCGGGCCGAGGUGGAAGACAUUCCUCCGGCGGUUCGGGCGGAACCCUAACAGGGGGAGGGCAGCGGGGGGGCUGGCGAGGUUCCAGUACGACCCGUUGAGCUACGCCCUCAACUUCGACGAGGGCCAGGGCGGCGACAGCCCCGAGGGGGGAUACGACGACCACCGCGACUACUCUGCCCGCUUCGCUGCACCGGCCCCGCCGCCGCCAGCCGCCAGCGGGCGCUGAGGUGUUCUUUGACCUGGAAAGGGUGGUCAACGCACGUUAGCGUAAUCGGAUUGGGCUUCCUUUUUGUUACCUGUUGGUAGAUCGGCUUGGUGGUGUCGUCCAGUCUUCAUGUUCCUAUUCCUUUUCGCUGGCCUUUGUCUGGUCCUGUUAUUGUUGGUGUGGUAGAAACCGUACGAUACAGCGUCGACUUGUUGCUUUUUGUUCUGAUAUAAUAUUUAUGAAAUUAGGAAGGUUAUGGCUUUGUGGCA